ACUUUCCUUUGCACCUCAGAUGACUCUUUGCUCGCUGGUUUGACUAUGGGGAGCCUACAGUUGAUCCUUGUGCUCUUUGUCUUGCUCUCCGAUGUUCCUCCAGUUAGAAGUGGAGUGAACAUGUACAUAAGACAGAUUUACGAUACAUGCUGGAAACUAAAAGGGCAUUGCAGGAAUGUAUGUGGAAAAAAAGAAAUUUUUCACAUUUUUUGUGGUACUCAAUUUCUGUGCUGUAUAGAAAGAAAGGAAAUGCCCGUUCUCUUCGUGAAGUAGCUGUCACAUUUGGUUUUAGUAGAUCCACGUGCCGUUUCGGACCCAGAAAUCUCACCUCUGAUUUUCAGAUUGCUUGCACCAAUUUCCAUUCUUUAUGUUGUUAUUAAAUAUUCUGGAUCCUAGCUACUGUUUUCUAUCCCUUAACCCCCUCUGGGGUAUGCAUCCUAAUGAUACAUGGUAACUGAAUUUGUAUUUCCGCUCUGAUUAAUAGAUGUUUACUAAAUGGUCAUGUGUCUUUGGUUGUGACUGGGGCAGAGCUGGAGGUUAGAGCACUUGCCUAUGUAUCCUUAUUCACGAUGUGCUUGUUCAUAAUUUGAUGUAAAAACUAGUAAAAAUAAAGGUCAUUUGGAAAAUACCUAAAUCGAAGUAUUGAGUAUGUUGCAGUUUAUAAGACACAGGGGACUUUCUAUUGCCUAGUAUAUCUACAUCGCUUAGACAUUGCUGUCGUACUGGGGAUGGAGCUCAGUGUGUAGAACGCUUGGGUUCAUUUCCCCAGCGAUCUCAGGUAUGCAUCCCCACACUUGGCUUCUGGAUUUUCUAUUCAUUGUGAAAAGUGGACAUUGAAAUCGUUUUACUAAUAUUGUACGGUCAUCAACUUCUCCUUUCAGAUUUGCCAAUUUUUUUUGGUAUACUUAAAUUCUUAGAUGCAAGGGAUAUAUAUAUAUAUAUAUAUAUAUAUAUAUAUAUAUAUAACAUAUAUAUAUAUGUAUAUAUUUAAAAUAAAGGAUUAUU